CUUAUUUUAAGUUUGCAAUCCAGUUCCUGCAGUUAAUAUUCAUUCAACACACCUCUACAUUCGUCUUUCUUGCACCAUGUCAUCUGGACUCACCAUUCACCACCUGCGACUUUCUCAAUCGGAGAGAAUCAUCUGGCUCUGCGAAGAACUCGGCAUCCCCUACAACCUCAAAUGCUACGACCGGCAACAACCCACACUGCAGGCUCCGGAUGAGUACCGCCAGCUGCACUGGUCGGGUACCGCCCCGAUUAUCGAGGACAAUGGAGUCAUCCUUGGUGAGACCAUGGCCAUCACAGAAUACAUCCUGACCAAAUACGGCAACGGACGUAUCGUGGUACCUCCAAGCCACCCCAACUACGCAGACUACGUGUUCUGGCUGCACCGGGCGAACGGGUCUACAAUGCCGGCUUUCAUGGGCCUGAUGUUCGGUCGACUAAGAGGUAGUGACGAGGACUUUGUUUCAAAAAUGUCCGAAGCCCGCGUGAAAGCGACGUGCGAGGCGAUGGAGAAGCAACUGAGCAAGUCCCGGUAUCUAGCCGGGGACGAGUUCACCGCGGCAGAUUGCGUGUCUGUUUUCCCGUUGACGACGCUACGGCUGUUCAUCCCGUACGGUCUGGAUGAUUAUCCGAAUAUUGUGCGGUAUUUGGAACGCAUUGGCCAGCGUGAGGCUUACAAGCGGGCUAUGGAGAAGGGGGAUCCGGAUUUGGUGCCGGUGCUUACGGCUGCUGCGCCUGUGAAAUCUCUGUUGUAGCCGUUUAGGGUGGCGAUGUAUAUCUGUCUUGGUUACGGAUGCAGCUUGUAUAACAACUAGUGACGUGUGUACGACUUGCUCGGCAAGUAUGUGAAUAUAAUAAACUGAGUAUUUUCCUGGGACAUCUG